AUGUCCGGCAGUGAAUUCGACGAGAUCUACGUUGGUGUCGGCGCCAAGCGCGUCCGCGAGCUCUUCGCAGGUGCCAAAUCAAAGUCUCCUGCCAUCAUCUUCAUCGACGAGCUCGACGCCAUAGGCGGCAAGCGCAGCGCCCGCGACGCAUCAUACGCUAAGCAGACGCUCAACCAGCUCCUCACCGAACUCGAUGGCUUCGAGCAGAACAGCGGCGUCAUCAUCCUAGCCGCGACCAAUUUCCCGGAGACCCUCGACAAGGCGCUCACGCGCCCCGGCCGCUUCGACCGUAACGUCGUCGUUGGGCUCCCUGAUGUUCGCGGGAGAAUGGCUAUCCUCAAGCACCACAUGACCAACGUCGUCAAGGGGUCUGACGUGAACCUCGAGCAGCUCGCAGCCGGCACCCCCGGCUUCUCCGGCGCCGAGCUCGAGAACGUGAUCAACCAAGCCGCCGUGCACGCCAGCAAAGCCAAGGCCCUCGCCGUGUCAAUGAAGGACUUCGAGUGGGCCAAGGAUAAGGUCAUGAUGGGCGCCGAGAAGCGUAGCAUGGUUAUCACGGACAAGGAGAAGGAGAUGACGGCCUACCACGAGGCCGGGCACGCGCUCGUGGGUAUGUUCACCAAGGGCGCGAAUCCCCUGCACAAGGUUACUAUCAUGCCGCGCGGCCAGAGCCUGGGUAUGACUAUGCAUCUUCCGGAGAUCGAUAAGUACUCCAAGACCAUGAGCGAGUACCGCGCCCACAUCGACGUGUGUCUCGGUGGGAAAAUGGCUGAGGAACUCAUUUACGGCGCUGACCAGGUUACCAGUGGCGUUUCAGGCGACCUCGAAAGCGCAACCCAAAUCGCCUACGCCAUGGUAACCCAAUUUGGCAUGUCCGCCGCCGCCGGCAACGUCGACCUAAACACAAACUACAACCACCUCUCCUCCGAAACCAAACAACUCAUCGAAUCCGAAGUGCGCCGCACCAUCGAAGAAGGCCGGCAACGCGCGCAUGCCUUGCUCGUGGAGAAACGCAAGGAGCUUGACCUCCUUGCCCGGGCGUUGGUGAAUUAUGAGACCCUGGAUAAGGAGGAGGCGUUUAAGGUUAUUAGGGGCGAGAAGUUGGAGGGGAAGUUACUCAUGCCGAGUGGCAGUAUUAAGAGGCCGGAGGCAACGGGAGGGCAGGGGGCGGAGAUCCCGCUAGCUCCGAUUCCGGGGAGUAAGGCGGCGGAUGCGGCGCCGGGUGGGGGGGAGCCGCCGGAGGGGGGGGUUAUGGCGUGAGUGUGAGGGGACUACGUCGUGGACUCAUGUACCGGGGGGGGCACAAAGUUUGAAUAUCAAAACGGUGCAGGUGGAUGUCUCUGCGCUAUAGCGUGGUGAGGGGGCAUUAGAAAGGCUACAGCGCUGAGAAAGGUUUCCUUUGUGCAUGGGGUGGCAUAGCGAGGGGUGCUGCGAUCACUUUACUUAAUUGUGGUGGCUGUAGUGGUUGUAUUUAUAAAGGUUUACUUUUCUCUACCUUGGUUGUAUUAUACAGCGUGAUAUGUGCAGCGUUUCGACUAUCUGUCUACCUGGUCUCGUUUGGUGUUGAGAAGUAUGUAUGCAUAGAACUCCGUGUACCUGGUGGUGCUGUGUUGGUAUAUCCCUCGUUCAUUAUUAGACGCCAGUUGUUGUACCCAUCCCUUGCGCGCCAGAAACAGCAAUUGCAAAACCCAUCCAUGAAUCCCAUAAACUCCUUUCACGCCCCCCCCACCA